AAACUUGCUGCAAAUUGCAAAGAAAUGGCUCAAAGGCUCCAGCUCUCUCCGUGCCCUGGGAGCUGAGAUGCAGGGCAGUGCCCUUGCCAGGGUGCCCAAUUCCCUGCAGACUGCCAGAAAAAAAGAGGCCAACUGGAAAGGCGAAAGAGAAAGAUUGCCUAGGGGAGAGAUCAGACCCUUGGGCUCUUCUUUGCUCUAAUCUGUCCUGUCUGUGCCCACCACCUCUCCUGACUUGCCAGAACGAUUCAGAUCUGCUGUGGGGGUACUGCCUCAGUUUCCUCAUUCAGGCUGGGCUCUGUGAUCCGGCUUCUCGCUGAACAUUCUGAAAUAACUGGAGAGCUUUGACUUCUACCUCCAGGCCGGGAUAAGAAAUAUUUUCAUAAUGGACACUUCAUCCAAAGAAAAUGCCCAUUUGUUCCACAAAAAUUCAGCGCAACCUGCCGGAGGGCCAUCCUUUAAAGCAGGAUAUCCGUCCACAGAGGAAGCGCGGCCAUGCUGUGGAAAACUCAAGGUGUUCUUGGGUGCCCUGUCUUUUGUUUACUUUGCCAAAGCAUUGGCAGAAGGCUACCUGAAGAGCACUAUUACUCAGAUAGAGAGAAGGUUUGAUAUCCCUUCCUCUCUGGUGGGAAUAAUUGAUGGUAGUUUCGAAAUUGGGAAUCUCCUGGUCAUAACAUUCGUUAGCUACUUUGGUGCCAAACUUCACAGGCCAAAAAUAAUCGGAGCAGGAUGCCUGGUCAUGGGCUUUGGAACUAUGCUCAUCGCAGUUCCCCAGUUCUUCAUGGAGAAGUACAGCUAUGAGAAAUAUGAGAGGUAUUCUCCCUCCUCCAACCUCACUCCCAACAUCUCUCCGUGCUACCUAGAGUCCAGCAGUCCAUCACCACGCUCAAUCGUGGGGAAAUCACAAAACAAGAUAAACGAUGAGUGUGAAGUGGAUACCAGUUCCUCCAUGUGGGUUUACGUCUUUCUGGGAAACCUUCUCCGAGGAUUAGGGGAAACUCCUAUCCAACCCCUGGGCAUCGCCUACCUGGAUGAUUUCGCCAGUGAAGACAAUGCCGCCUUCUACAUCGGGUGUGUGCAGACAGUGGCAAUUAUAGGACCCAUUUUCGGCUUCCUCUUGGGUUCAUUAUGUGCCAAACUCUAUGUUGAUAUUGGCUUUGUGAAUCUAGACCACAUAACUAUCACCCCAAAGGAUCCCCAGUGGGUCGGGGCCUGGUGGCUUGGUUACCUAAUAGCAGGGUUCCUAAGUCUUCUUGCAGCCGUGCCUUUCUGGUGCUUACCCAAGACUCUACCAAGAUCCCAAAGUAGAGAGGACUCCGGCUCCUCCUCUGAGAAAUCCAAGUUCAUUACAGAUGACCCUGUUAACUACCAAAUGGCCCCCAGAGAAGAAAACAUGAAAAUCAUGGAAAUGGCGAGGGAUUUUCUUCCAUCACUGAAGAGUCUUUUUAGAAAUCCAGUAUACAUCUUAUACUUGUGUGCAAGCACUGUUCAGUUCAAUUCUCUAUUCGGCAUGGUCACAUAUAAACCAAAGUACAUUGAGCAGCAGUAUGGGCAGUCUUCCUCCAAAGCCAACUUUGUCAUUGGUCUCAUCAACAUUCCUGCAGUGGCCCUUGGAAUAUUCUCUGGGGGAAUAGUUAUGAAAAAAUUCAGGCUGGGUAUUUGUGAAGCUACAAAACUCUACUUGGGAUCAUCUGUCUUUGGCUACCUCCUCUUCCUCUCUCUGUUUGCACUGGGAUGUGAAAAUUCCAGUGUGGCCGGACUAACUGUCUCCUACCAAGGAACCAAACCUGUCUCUUAUCAUGAACGAGCUCUCUUUUCAGAUUGCAACUCAAGAUGCAAAUGUUCAGACUCGAAAUGGGAGCCCAUGUGUGGGGACAAUGGGAUCACCUAUGCGUCGGCUUGUCUUGCUGGCUGUCAAUCCUCCAGCCGGAGUGGAAAGAACAUUAUAUUUUCUAACUGCACUUGUGUGGGAUUUGCUGCCCCUAAAUCAGGAAACUGGUCAGGCAUGAUGGGCAGGUGUCAGAAAGAUAAUGGAUGUUCCCAAAUGUUUCUGUAUUUCCUUGUGAUUUCAGUCAUCACAUCAUAUACAUUAUCUCUAGGUGGCAUACCUGGAUAUAUAUUACUCUUGAGGUGCAUUCAACCACAACUUAAGUCUUUUGCUCUGGGCAUCUACACCUUAGCAGUUAGAGUUCUUGCAGGAAUCCCAGCCCCCGUGUACUUUGGUGUUUUGAUCGACACUUCGUGCCUCAAGUGGGGAUUUAAGAAAUGUGGAAGCAGAGGCUCCUGCAGACUGUACGACUCUCAUGCUUUCAGACAUAUAUACCUGGGACUAACCACGCUCCUGGGCACGGUGUCUGUCUUCCUAAGCACGGCUGUGCUUUUGGUUUUAAAGAAAAAAUACGUCUCGAAACGCAGCAGCUUCAUAACCGCAAGAGAAAAAAUAGUGAUGUCCUCAAGCGUCAAAAAGGAGACGUGUGCCGCAAGGGAUCAUGGGUUGCAGCCCAAGUACUGGCCAGGCAAGGAGACCCGACUUUAAGAAAAAGAAAUCACGGAAAUGAACAAACAUGAAGGUCAUUUUUAUCUAAUACAUGUAAAUGAAUAAAAUCAUAAUCAAAAGGGCUUCAACGUGUAAUUUCGUCCUGCUUUCAAAGGUAUGGCUGCUUUGUUUUUGACCCUAAGCAUUAGAUGAUGAACCUCUAAAGAUGUCAUUAAAUUUAUUUUAAAACUUUUAAA